AUGGCCCUGCGAGUCACAGCCCUGCUCCUGCUGGGGACGCUGGGCACAGCUGCCAGGGCUCAGCCCGUGCUGAGCCAGCCCCACUCGGUGUUCGUGCAGCCCGGGCAGAGCGCUCGGCUCUCGUGCACGCUGAGCCCGCAGUACAACAUCAGCCACUUUGGCAUCUCCUGGUACCAGCAGCGCCCGGGGCACUCCCUCACGUACCUGCUCUACUACAACUCCGAGGGAGACAAGCACAAGCCUGCCAGGACUCCCGAGCGCUUCUCGGCCACCAAGGACCUGGCCAGCAACGCCUGCAUCCUCACCAUCGCUGCUGCCUGCCAGGACGACAGUGGCACCUACUACUGUGCCCUGUCACCCGCCCUCAGGUGGCUCUAG